UUUAAUAUGAGCGAGGCGCUGCACCGGGAUUACUCGAUCGGACCGGAGCUUGGCCGAGGCCGCUUCGGCGCAGUCCACCGCAUCACCUCCGUCUCCACUGGCGAACCCUUCGCCGUGAAAUCCAUCAACAAACUCCUCAUCUCCGACCCCUUCGACCUAGCCUGCAUCACCGACGAGCCCAAACUCACCCUCCUCGCCUCCGGUGGACCCCACACCGUCAACCUCCACGCCGUCUAUGAGGACCCCGCAUCCCUCCACCUUGUCCUCGACCUCUGCUCCGGCCCUGACCUCCUCGGCCUCCUCUCUGACCGUGGUCCGCUCUCCGAAGCAGAAGCUGCCUCAUUAAUCUCCUUCAUAACUCAGGCCCUCGCUUGCUGUCACAUGCGAGGGCUUGCACACAGAGACUUGAAGCCUGAAAACAUACUUUUUGAUAAUAAUACGGGUCGACCCAAAUUAUCCGAUUUCGGCUCUGCAGGCUUAUUCAGUACCGACAAGAAAAUGUCGGGUUUGGUGGGGACCGCGCACUACGUGGCCCCGGAGGUGGUGAGAGGGGAGGAGUACGGGGAGAGGGUCGACGUGUGGAGCGCCGGGGUUGUAAUGUACGUGAUGCUUGGUGGGGUUUACCCGUUUGUGGGUGAGGAUGUGGGUGAGGUUUUCAGUGCGGUUUUGAGGGGGAAUUUGAGGUUUCCGACGAGGAUUUUCGGUGGAGUUUCGAGGGAGGCGAAGGAUUUGAUGAGGAAGAUGAUGUGCAGGGAUCCGGAGAGGAGACUGUCGGCGGAGGCGGUGCUCCGGCAUCCCUGGAUCAAGAGCUUUGAAAAUGAGCUUUGAAAAUGAGGCCGAUCAGAGUUGGGAACUUAUUGUUUUUGCAUGUGCAUACCCUGUGAAAUUAUAUUGU